AUGGUCGUGCCAGUGGGCCGGGAGAACUCCGACUCACUGCUGGACCCCGCACGGGCUGACUCACUCCCGAGCUCUACUUUGCCGGGUGUAGAACACUCUACAGAGGAUGCUCCAGACACACAGGCACCUGUUACUAAACAGGACUUCAACAACUUAGUGGUGGAGAUCAAAACUUUCUUGGCGACUUAUGUGGCAAUAAUUAAAGCAGAUAUGCAAGCGGUUUCUGGCAGGGUGCAGAUCUCAGAGGGGGACAUUCCUGACCUUAAACAAGACCUGUCCAUAUUAAAGAACUUUGUAAAUACUCUGCAAGCCAAAAAAUAUGCCUUGACCCUCCACUAUACCGCUCUGGACGAUUGGUCUAGUUGCAACCACUUGUAG